GAGUUUGACGCGCAGAAGCAAUCACAGCGCAAUGACCACGCUGCUGGUGCUACUUGUGGCGAUCUUGUCCACCCGAGCGUCCACCGAACCCUGCGUGGCCAAGUUCAGCCCCAGCAGCUUCGGAGUGGGACUGGUGAACGCGACGUUCACCAACGUUUCGUUCUGCUCCUUUUUGGGAGUCCGGUACGCCGAGCCACCAACGGGAUCGCGCAGGUUUAGGAAUCCGGUGCUAUACGAUCCGGAAGGGCCACAGAACUACACCACAACUGGAAGUAUCUGUCCUCAGGAGGACAACAUCUGGAAAGUCUCGGCGAUCAUCGGAGAUGAAGAUUGCUUGUUCAUGAACAUCUACUCACCGUUGGUGAGAAAUGAAAGUGACUUUGGUGAGUCCAAAUACCCGGUGUUGGCAUUCGUGCACGGUGGCUCCUUCAUCGUGGGAUCAGCUCAGGUGAACAUGAACUCCGGGGUGGAUCUGCUGAUCGACAGUGGAGUCCUGGUGGUCAGUAUCAACUAUCGCUUGGGUGUGCUGGGAUUCCUGCGCUAUCCGGAGUUCAACAUUACGGGGAACUUUGGCUUGAAGGAUCAACGAACGGCGCUGCGCUGGAUCCAGAAAUACAUCAAGUACUUUGGAGGUGAUCCACAGCGAGUGACCUUGAUGGGUCAUAGUGCCGGAGGUGGAUCCGUCACGUUUCAUCUGUACGCCGAAAGUUCGCGGGGACUGUUCCAGCAGGUAUUCCCCCUGGGUGGAUCAAUGCUAGCUCCGUGGGCUCUGCACUACGAUCAUCGAGAGGGUUACGAGAGAUUUCUAUCGAAGCUCAACGCUACAUCACUGGAGGUACUUGAACAGAUCGAUUUCAAAGACUUUUUCGCGAGAACGGACGAGGAUUACGUUGUGUACUGCACGAUGGCGUACCAAGGAAACUUACCAACUUUAGAGGACCCAGAUGAUCCAGAUGCGUUCAUAACAGUUUCACCCACCGAGCAAGUCCUGAGCUAUAACAGCAACAGUGACAUUCCAAUCAUGAUGGAACAAACCGCUACCGAGUUCGAACUUCUUCUCUACUAUGCCGAUUUCUUCUUCAUGGGAACAAACUUCCCCCACGAAUCGCUGCAACCAGUUCACAGCUCCAUCAAGCGAUUCGUAGCGUUCAAAGCACUUCUCAGCAAGGAUCCGGACUUUUACCGGAAGCUCGCCAACAUCGCCAACCUGUACUAUCCGAUGAAGCGACUGUUACGACACCUCUCGGAGCACAAUCAAGCUCCGAUCUACUACGCACAGUUUGAGUUUGACGGAAUGUUUGGAUACUUCAAGCAUGAUUUCUACAAGUCCCGCAUCAACGGGUCAAAGUACGGAGCGGUUCAUGGCGACGAGCUGGGUUACAUCUUCUCGCCGCACGAGCUUCCGGAAGCGCUGGACAGGAGGGACGAAUUUCGCCAGGAGUGGAAGGUUCACGAGGGGACCGUCGAGCUGGUGGCGAACUUUGUGAAAUAUGGGAAUCCAACUCCAAAGGCAAGCAAGCUAACCAACCUGGUGUGGCCUCCGUACAACUCUGGAAAUUCAACCCAUCGACCGUACUUGAACAUUGAUAAGACGUUCGAAAUCAGGACGGAUUCCGAUUCCGAGAAUGACAUUAUUGUCAUGUGGGAAAAGAUUUACGACUGUUUGUACUACUCAACGUGUGACGAGGUUAAGAAUGAAAUAGCAGGUUUAGAUAAUCUGCUCAGCUUCUUCAACACUGUACCCGAGCAUGGGUAAAUAACAAGGGAAAUG